CGGUGGCGGUGACGAUAGGACGCUGCGCGCGCGGUACGCGUGCCGUGCUGACGCACGGAUACGGGCAGGUUGAAGGUUCCCUGCGGCCUGCCCGGGCCCUAGCAACGGGGGCCGGGCCGGGCUGGGAGCAUCCGCUCGACGCCGCCAUGCCUGAGGGCAAGUCCCUCUUCCGGGAGGUGCUGCCCAAGCAAGGGCAGUUGUCAGUGGAGGAUGUGGCUACCAUGGUGUUAUGUAAGCCAAAACUGUUGCCUUUAAAAUCUGUUACCCUAGAAAAGCUAGAAAAAAUGCAGCGAGCCGCACAGGAGACAAUUCGCCAGCAAGAAGUGGCACAGAGGGAGCAGCAGCAACAAAGCCAACAAUAGGGUGCAUGAUGGUUCACCCCCUCUAAGAAAUAUUUCACCUAAAUAUUGUACCUUUAGUUUGUGUAUAUUAAUCUAGUGAUGUUUGCUGUACAGAAAUGGUAAAAGUCCAUACUAAACUUUCUUAGCUCCUGUCUUCUUAUAUUAUACAUAUAAAUGUCUGUAGAUUUUGCUUAA